UUGAAUGCCACAUUGAACCGCAGUGAAGUUUCUGCUCAGCUCUAACGCAUUCUGUCGUCCUGCAGACAGCAUCAUGGGCUGUGUGGGCUCAAAGGAGCAGCAGAAGUACCCCAGCAAAGACACGGAUAACAGCGACCAGCAGAACAGAGCUCAGGUACACUAUGUCAGAGACCCCACCUCUGGAAGCAAAGCUGCCGCCAAACUGCCUUCUAAUGCAACCUCUUCAGAUGGUGAGAGUGUCGCCAUUGCACUGUUCGACUAUGAGGCGAUUCAUGAAGGAGACCUUGGCUUCAAGAAGGGAGAUAAACUCAGAAUUUUGGAGGAGUCAGGCGAGUGGUGGAGAGCUAUGUCCAUCAGCACAGGAAAGGAAGGCUACAUUCCCAGCAAUUAUGUAGCCAAAGAUACUCUGGAGACAGAGGAUUGGUUCUUUAAGGGUGUUAGCAGAAAGGACGCCGAGCGGCAGCUCCUGGCCCCGGGGAAUCGAGUCGGAUCCUUCAUGAUCCGAGACAGUGAGACUACAAAGGGUAGCUACUCUCUGUCCGUCAGGGAUCUCGACCCCCAGGCCGGUGACACAGUUAAACAUUAUAAAAUUCGAACUCUGGACAACGGAGGAUUUUACAUCUCACCACGCAUCACCUUCAGCACACUGCAAGAGCUGGUCGGCCAUUACAAGAAACAGGGAGAUGGCCUCUGCCAAACUCUGACCAACGCAUGUUUGAGCCCCAAACCUGAAAAGCCUUGGGAAAAGGAUGCCUGGGAAAUCCCAAGAUCUUCACUGAAGUUAGAAAAGAGACUUGGUGCAGGACAGUUUGGAGAAGUUUGGAUGGCUACUUACAAUAAGCACACCAAGGUAGCUGUGAAGACCAUGAAGCCAGGCAGUAUGUCAGUGGAAGCUUUCUUGAUGGAAGCCAACCUGAUGAAGAGUCUACAGCACGACAAACUGGUUCGACUCAACGCUGUGGUCACCAAAGAAGAGCCCAUCUAUAUCAUUACUGAGUACAUGGAAAAAGGCAGUUUGUUGGACUUCUUAAAGAGUGACGAAGGCAACCGUGUCCAGCUUCCCAAACUUAUUGACUUCUCUGCCCAGAUUGCAGAAGGCAUGGCAUACAUUGAACAGAAGAACUACAUCCACAGAGACUUGAGAGCUGCCAACAUCCUGGUCAAUAAGUCCUUAGUGUGCAAAAUUGCUGACUUUGGCCUUGCUCGUAUCAUUGAGGACAAUGAAUACACAGCCAGAGAAGGAGCUAAGUUCCCAAUCAAAUGGACGGCCCCUGAAGCCAUCAACUAUGGCUCCUUCACAAUAAAAUCAGACGUCUGGUCCUUUGGAAUUUUGUUGACUGAGAUUAUCAGUUACGGACGCACCCCCUACCCAGGAAUGACCAAUCCAGAGGUAAUCCGUUCUCUGGAGAAAGGCUACCGAAUGCAGCGCCUUGACAGCUGUCCCACUGAACUUUAUGAGAUCAUGCUGGAGUGCUGGAAGAACAAGCCAGAGGACCGUCCCACCUUCGACUACCUGCAGAGUGUCCUGGAAGAUUUCUACACAGCCACAGAGAGCCAGUACCAGCAGCAGCCAUGAGAUAUGAUUCAUUAAUAUGUGCUGAAGGUUCAGUUUGUGUCUGCAGUAGUGCAGUUCAGGCCACAAACCCUGUCAGUUUAGCUCUCUUGUCUCUUAUUUACACACACGACACAGCAAUAAUAGUAGGGACUGUACAGAAAUUAUUAGCAGAUAAUUACUUUUACUUUUGAAAGAUAGGUCUUUACAUGUUUGCUAUUUAAUAAAGAAAAGCUCCCUGUUUUAAAAGAGAAGGAACUACAGGGUUGGAAAGGUUUAGCUAACACACCAGUUUCUAAAAGUGAAUCUCCAUUUGUGUCCACUGUGGACAGCCCACAAAGACUCACUGUCUAAAAGAAUUUGAUGCUUACUUUAUGUAAAUUGAGAGUCACAAUAAUUCCAUAGUACUAAAACUCCAACUCAAUAGGUGGUAAAAAGACAUUA